AUGCGAGAGGUCACUGCUGCUGAUUUACUUCCAUUCUCUCCGGACUAUGAUCCGCUUGUCAUUGUCAAGCCCUACGACUUUGGAGAUCGUUAUGACAGUUCAGGGAAGCCUGUCAUCAAGUGCGACAUGACCACGGAGCGAUUCGUCGCCUUUUGGGCACAGGAACGACAGGCCUUUGACUGGAGGCUGGCGCCGGAGGGUGGGUCGAGUGGGUUCAUCAAGAAUGCUACGGAAGACAAGGAUGCGCUGGUACCUAACCCAAAACCUGUCACCACUCGUUUUCCGCCCAACUCUGGGUUUUCGGCAACAGGACGCAGAGGAAGACCGAAGCUGUUUGCUUGGUCAAUGAGAUAUGUGUGCGCAAGGUCGAAGAAGCCACCAAAAUAUAAACGGAUGGGUCCUGACAAGGAAGGGGAGGAUACUGGCAUCGAGGGGGAGGAUCCCAGCAGUGCAGGAGAUGAUCUCAAUAAAGAAGCAAGGGGUCUUAGCAAGCCAGGAGAAGCCCCCGGCAAUGACGACGAGACCCUCAGUAAAGAAGGACGUGGAGGCAGAAAGAAGAGGGACCGGGAAUACUUGCCAUGCGGUUGCAAGGCAUUCCUCCGUGCGCAAAAACUGCUGAACAAGGACAUUGUCAGCAUUACCUAUCAUUGGCACCACAACCAUCCGACAACCACACGAUCGAAUGCAAAACUCCCAGUAACGGCGAAUAAUCGAUGCUGGAUUGACCGACAGGUUGCGAGCGGCAGAGACUGGAAGGCUAUCCGUGCUAUUCUCCAUCCAACGCCCGAGCAGAAGACACUGAUUGAGGAAGGCAAGAUCGAGGCCCCUCCUGGACUAAACAUCAAGUAUUCGGAUGUGCAUGGAACGCUCUAUCGCCGUGCCAAGUCUAGUGGUAACAGCGGCACUGGCAGGCAAAAAUCAUCACAUCCGAAUGGCGUGCAGCCAACAGCGGAUCAGGUCCAGAAUCAAUUACAUCUCUUAUCGUCAGUUGCGGACUUGCAAGCAAAGGGGGACGAGACCGUACGUGAGCAGGGCGACCCAUUGGAUCAGGUGUAA